AUGUCGUCCCUCCUGCUCAGCGCUGCGUCGGGCGGCAUCUUCGGCGCAGCCUUGACCGCGUCGGGCGUGUACUCCCCGUCGGUUAUCACCUCACAGUUGCGGCUGGGAAAUUUUCAUAUGAUCAAGAGUUUUGUCACCGCAAGUGCAUGCAGUGCAUUGAUCGUCGUUGCAGCCAAUCGAACAAAGUACGCCAAACUGUCGCGCCGCACCGACUCCUCCUACGGAUGGUUCAUGAGAUACGACGCCAAUGUGGUGGGAGGGCUGUUACAGGGCGUCGGCAUGGCCUUGACCGGAGCCUGCCCAGGUACGGUUAUUGUCCAGCUCGCCUUGGGGAUCAAGUCUGCUUGGUAUGUCGCCACGGGGUGCAUACUAGGGGGGAUUGCGUUUGUCAAGCUGGGACAACACCUCCGACGAGCUAGAAGCGAUCCUCCUUCAGGCCCACCCAAGUAUACAAUCCAGGAAACCCUAGGAAUCUCCACGACUACCACUGUCCUGCUCUGGGAGAUCCUGUGCCUGUUGAUGAUCACGGCUGCCACAUACCUCGCACCAAUUAGGGACCACUGGCUCAAUCCCAUUGUGGGGGGAUUACUGAUUGGCAUCGCUCAGGCAACGUCUGUCCUCUUCACGCGCAAGACUCUCGGAGUGUCCAGUGCAUGGGAGGAUGUCGGCAAAAAAUUCUGGAGUGUGGUUGAUGGCACAUCUGCCCCUGCUCCGACAAACAUUGUCUUUGCCACUGGUGUUAUGGCAGGGUCAAAAAUCAUUUCCCAGUACAUACCCACCUUGUCCGAAGCAGGCGGCCCGACAAUCACCCCUCUCGCAGCCCUUGCAGGUGGCUUCUCUCUUAUUUUUGGUGCAAGACUAGCUGGUGGCUGUCCAAGUGGGCACGGAAUUUCGGGAAUGGCCACCAUGAGCUUAUCCAGCUUCAUCACAGUGGCAAGCAUGUUUGGAGGGGGUAUUGCAUCAGCUCUAUUGCUAGCAUGA